CGUAAGCGCAACAAGCAUUGUCUUUGAGUAUGUGAGAGAAAUCUGACAUUUGUCGUGCUAAUAAACGUACAUGUAACACGAAGAAAGUGGAAAUCUUCAGUUUUGUGCUUCUGUAUUUAUAACAAACAGAUUUUUAACUUGCUCCUAUUAUGGAGGUCAUGUUCAGAUACCUACAUGCUUUUACCAGUUAACAAAGUAUUGAAUUAUAGUGAAAAUUCAUUGUGACAUGGAUUCUACAUUUCAAGGAAUGUUUAAAAUAAAGUGGUGGCUAUGUCUAAUUAGAGAGGGAAAGUAACAAGACAAUGCUCAGAGGAUACAUUGUACUGAAUACUCCACAAAAAGCAGGAAAUAAUAAAGAAAUUAAGAAAUUUUUCUUUGGUCUGAAGAGGAAAGGGAAGAAGAAGUACCUCUCUGAGUAUGUUCCCGAUGUGAAUGUUCCAGUAGAGCCACCUGACAGUCCCACUCCAGAUGUUCCUGAACUAAAAGCCCCUGAACUUUUAACAUGGCCACAUGAAAAACUGGAGAUGUUUCUGAAGGAAAUUUUACUUGAGAAAAGUAAAUCAUUGAAUUCAGUGCCAGUGGACCUGCUUCCUCGAUAUAUAAAUGAAGCGAUCAAUGAAACCCAUCCAUUUUCCAUUCCUGAACAGUAUGACUAUUGUGUAGUUUGUGUACAUGAUGAUUAUGAUGAAGCUGCCUCUCUUAAGAAGGAGUUGUAUGAUAAACAUAAGCUGGUGGGUCAUGUGAUAUGGGACUCUGCUGGGUUAGGAAUGGAUCAAUUUUUUGCUUUUGAGGACUGCAAACUGAGAAGUACAAAAAUCUUAUUUUAUGUAAGUGAGAAGUUUAUAUCAGAUGAGUUUUGUUGUCAUUUAGUAAGGGAUACAGUUCUUUGUCCAAAAAGCAUUGGUGAAAUGAAAGCCGUUCCUGUUCUCAAGACGAAUAAUGUUAAGAUGCCAGAAUCAUUGGAACUAGUGGACAGACUUACACUAGAUAAUAUAAAACAGUUUGAUUUUAGGUUGCCGUGCAUCUUCACCACCCUAGUUAGGCAAGAGAAGAUGAAACGCACAUACGCGCAGCAAAUGGAAAUUGAUACCAUUAGACAACGUUAUGCGAUAGACUUCAUUGAAGACAGAUUGAAAGCUUGUGAGUAGUGAUGACAGAUUUACAAUCAUGUGGAUGUGAUUUUCAAUUAUUCCAGUGAGUUCUGCAUUUACAGUAUAUUAAUUUCUUGUGUUCUUUUGAUACAUUGUAUAAGAAAAAUGUGUUAAAACAUAAGCCUGAUGGUAUUUUGUAGUAAAAUAAAAUGUACAG